AUGCCGAUCAUGUUCCCGUGGCCAGCGCUCGAGGGUAUAAACCUGCAGACGAUGACCUCGGCAGUCUUCGCGGCCUCUCGCUACGCUACGGAUCCCGAGAUGUGGGCGAACUUGAGCCUCAAGAAGCUGGCGAGCCUUGCAGCGUGCGCUGUGCUUGCGCAGUGUUCACCUGUUAUCGAAGCCGCUACUGGUCCAGUCGUGGAUGUUGGCUAUGCGCGCUACCGCGGGGCUGUGACUUACAAUGACACUGCGGCGUAUUUGGGUGUACCCUACGCUCAAAGCCCGACAGGCGAGCGCCGCUUUCGUGCGCCUGUGCCAUUGAACACGAAGAAGACUUCAUCCGCUGUCGUCGACGCGUCCGAAUACCCCGAGCCAUGUAUACAAGGCAGCACCGGCGGCGGAGAUGAGGGCGGUGCGGGAUCUGAAGACUGCUUGAGGGUAAACGUGUAUGCACCGCUGAAUGCAACCAAGGAGAGCAACUUGCCUGUUCUGGUCUAUAUCCACGGCGGAGGCUACGUCUACGGGAACCCCGCGGACUGGCCCUUUGAGCACUGGAUUCACCAAUCCCCCAACGUCGUCAUCGUUUCGGUCUACUACCGUCUCGACUCCUUCGGCUUCCUCGCCCACCCGGCCUUCCGUUCCGACUCGUCGCUCGGGGACCUCAAUCCGGGGUUCCUCGAUCAGGUCGAAGCUCUUCGAUGGGUGAAGAAGCACAUUGCGGCAUUUGGCGGAAACCCCGGCAAGGUCACUAUUGACGGUCAGAGCGCCGGUGGGAGUAGUGUUGAGCUGCAACUCGUCACGAACCUGGGCGAAGAGCUGUUCCAGGCUGCUAUUCCACAGAGCGUAUACCGCACGCCUGUAGGACCGGCCGAAGAGCGUGAGCCGCAGUUCGAGCAGUUUGUCACUGAGGCUGGAUGCAAGGGGAACACUCUCAAGAAGACUAUGGCGUGCCUGCGCAAGGCUUCGGUCAGCGCUUUGGCGAGGGCGCAGGAUGCAGUUUCUGACUUCAAUGUGACUGUGCCGUAUAACAUCUUCACGCCCGUCAUCGAUGGCAAGGUGAUCACACAGAACCCGACGAAGUCCAUCCUGGAGGGCAAGUUCCAUAAGGUGCCGUUGCUGGUCGGUUCCACAACCAACGAAUCGCUUUCUGACACCUCCACUCUCGACGCACCGUUGAAAGAGUUCUUCCCGGCACUCACCAACAAGACCCUCGCUGAAUACGCGGAAGUCUAUCCCGUCUCUGACUUCGGUGACGAGGUCACUCGCAACACGUAUGCGACGGGUGAAUCCGAGCUUCGUUGCGCUCGCUCUAUCAUGGGCCACGCAUGGUCCGGCGCAGGACUUCCGACUUUCACAUACCGUUUCAACCAGCCUGCGAACCCGGACACAGCCACAAGCGACCUAGUUUUCCAUUCCGCAGAGAACUGGUGGAUGUUCCGCGGAACAAAUACAGGGUUCAACGGCACUACGACGUUCACGGACAUGACACCCUCGGAAGAAGCAUUCGCCGAAGAAUUGAUCGCAUAUUGGCUUUCUUUCGUGCGCGCACACGACCCGAGCAUAUUCAAGCUAGAGCGCUCUCCGGCAUGGCCACAGUACUCGGCAAAAACUCUGAACAGGAUUGCGCUACAGAGACCGACUGGGGCAGAUGCCAACUCGACCACAGUGAGCGGAGUUACGCUGGAGAAGCAGGAUAGCGGAGAGACAAAGAGAUGCGAGUUCGUGGCGAGCAUCGAGAAGGAACAGGAGAAUUAG